UAUUAGCCUUUCUUUGUCUGUCAAAUCUCAAAUGGAGUACUCUACCCAACAACUUGUUAUUCCAAAGAUUGAAGAAAACCCACUUGAAUUUGACUACUUAGAGUACUACUAUCAAGACCCAUUUCAAAUUAGUACUACUUCGUUAUUUGAAGCUCCACUGCUUGAAGAUUUCCAUGACCAUGAAUUCAAUUCACUAGCUUUGCCAUUAUCAGAAGAUUACAACCAAAUUCCCCGCAUGGGUUUUCAAGGACUUGAAGAUUUCAGCACCUGGGACUUUACUGCUUUGGACAUCACCACUGCUGUUUCAUCACCAUCUCGUUGUGAUAAUCAUGUGCUUGAUGAAAAGCCUCUUCCAACAAUGGUGGAUUCUUUUGACUACUUGGACAAUGUCCCAAGUGAUUCUGGUCAUGGUGAAGUUUCAUUCAAGAUUGAAACAUCUGGUUUUUCAUCAUCUCAUUGUGAUUCUUUGGUGUUUGAUGAAAAGCCUCUUACAACAAUGGUGGAGUCCUUUACCUACUUGGACAAUGUCCCAAGUGAUUUGGGUCAGCAUGAAGUUUCAAUGAUGACUGAAAGCUGUGGCUUUUCAUCAUCUCAUUGUGAUUCUGUGGUGUUCAAUGAAAAGCCCAUUUCAACAAUGGUAGAGUCAUUUGACAACUCAAACAAUGUCCCGAGUGUUCUGGGUCCCCAUGAAGCUUCCAUGAGGACUGAAAGCGCUACUGCUUUUGCGUCGUCCCAUAGUAAUUCUCUGGUGCUUUAUGAAAAACCCCUUUCAACAAUCGUGGAUUCUUUCGACUACUCUGAUAUUCCUACACCUGAUUUGGGCCAUGAUGAAGUUUCAGUGAUGAUUGAAAAUGGGUUUCCUAGUUGGGACAUAUCAGACAUUAGUUGUAAAAGAGAGACAAGUAAUAGAAGGAGAUAUAAUACAGAGAUGAAGAUCAAGUCUGAUUCUUUGGAAUUUGAGGAGAUAAAGAAGUACUUUGACCUCCCCAUAACAAAAGCAGCCAAGGAACUGAAGGUGGGAGUGACUUUGUUGAAGAGGAGGUGCAGGGAGCUCAACAUCAUGAGGUGGCCUCACAGAAAGAUUAGGAGCUUGAACUCUCUCAUUGAAACUCUCAAGGGAAUGGGUUUGAGAAAUGAGGUAAAGAUGCUGGAGGAGAACAAAAGGCUUCUAGAGCAAGUGCCAAACAUGGAGCUAACAAAGAGAACCAAAAAGCUGAGGCAGUCUAUUUUCAAAGCUAACUACAACUACAAAAAGCAGAUGUCUUUGUCUUUGUUGCUUGGAUGA